AUGGCUGUCCAGCUACGGUCGUUCCCCUCGCAGUCCUCGGAGGACAUGCGGCUGGACGACUUCCUCGACGACAAGCUGCAGUCCACCAUCGACCUGGACAACCUCGACGAGCUCCUCGCCAGCGUCGAGGAGCAGCACGUCCAGCUGCAGUCCCAGCUCGACGACGCAGCCCACGCCCUCGAGGUCGCCCGCCAGUCUGCCGACCAGCGCCAAGCCUCGCUGCAGAAGCAGAUCGAUGACUUCCAGUCCCUGCAGCGCAGCAUCGACGUCCGCCUGCAGAUCGUCUCCAGCUCCGAUGCUCCCGACGAGGCCAUCCGCAGGCUCGAGGCCCCCAUGCACAAGCUGCAGAAGGUCGACCUCGCCCACAAGUACCUGCUCUUGCUGCAGGAUGUCGAGAACCUGAGGGCAGAGGCCCGGAGCCACCUGCCCAAGAGCCCAAAGGCCGCCCUCGAGUCCUACACGAGGCUUAAGCAGCUGGCUCAGUACCUGCACGAGCUGCAGCCUCAGGCCGACUAUGCGGCCACCCACCUGGUGUCACACGUUGCUGGCAUCGCCGAGAGUCUUUGGGACGAGAUGAAGAGGACCAUGUGGGCAGAAAUGGACGGGGUCCUCACAAAGAGGGGCUGGCCAAAGAAGGUGGACGCACGGUCAGAGAUCGACGAGGAGUGGAGGGAGUGCUUCGAGAAGCUGGUGGACCUGCAGGUCCCAGAGGUCCUCUACUCGGACGGCGUGGUGACGCUGCUGCCCAUCGAUGUCAUGGUGCAGAACUGGUCCAAGGAGUUCCGCUACCAUUUCAUGAGCGACAAACCCACAAGCAAUCCGCACAAUAUUGGGAACCAGUGUUUUCCCUGGGUUACCGCUCGCAUAGAGGAGUGGGACGACUUCAUGCGCGAUAACUUUGGCUUCAUACUCGCGACCAAGUUCAGCGACACGGCGGCCGCCAACAAGAUGGUUUACAUGGACCCGACGUGUGCCGUCAUCACCUCCUUGCUGCCUGUAAUCAGGGAGAAGGUCAAUUCAGCUGUGGAGGUCGCCCUGAAGGACCCAGUCUUCCUGAGCAGGCUUAUGGGGGAGCUGAUGACCUUCGACGAAACUCUGCGGGCCAGGUUCAACUACGACGGAGGCGACCUCGAGCGAGGCUGGGGCGGCAUCACCUCCGAGGUACUGGACAAACACUUUGACAAGUGGCUCGAGGCGGAGAAGACGUUCGCCCUCGAGAGGUACAAGGCGAUCAUGGCCACGCCGGACGCGGGCCAGAUCGACUACGAGUACAACGGCCCUGGGAAGACCAAGCCGACAUACGGUGCUGUCCGGGUCACCGACCUCCUGCGCUCCGUGACGACUCAAUACGAGCGGGUCAGGAGAUUCUCCCAUAAGCUGCGCUUCCUGAUCGAGAUCCAAUUGGAGAUCUUGGACUCGUAUCAUGACCGGCUCAACGGGUCACUGGGCGCUUAUAAAGCUAUGACUUCCACCGCCGGCAAGAUGGUGUACGGUGCGACCAAGGAGCAAUUGGCGGCCCUCGAGGGAACCGGGGCGUUCGAGACGCUGUGCAAGGUCUUUGGCAGCACGGAUCACGUUGUCGGCGCGCUGAAGGACUGGAGCAACGAGGAGUUCUUUGUGGACCUGUGGGACCGGCUGCAGGCCAGGGCUAGGGCCAACAUGGCCGACGACCAGGGCAACCUCGCGGGUGGAAUGAGCCAAGACGAAGUCAAGGGCCGGACAUCACAGACAGUCGGCACAGGCGAGGACGGAGGUAUACUGUUCGACGAGACCAUCAAGGCGUAUACGGAGCGGCGGGCGGCGGCGCAGGACCUGCUGAUCGAGGCGGUCAUCAGGUCGCACGCGGACGCGUUCCGCGCCUACAUCCAGCGGGCGCAGUGGACCGUCGUCAGCGAGGACACGGCGCCCAUCGACCCGUACCAGCUGGCCAUCACGGCGGAGCUGGACGAGCCGCUGCGCAUCAUCAAGCGCAACUUCGACUUCCUCGCGCGCACCGUCAGCGCCGCCGUGAUGCGCCGCGUCGUCCGCGGGGCCCUCGACAGCCUGCAGGACACGCUGUGGGGCGACGUCCUGCGCAAGAACAAGUUCACCGCCCUCGGGGCCGCCCAGUUCAUGCGCGACCUGCACGCCGUGUUCGCCAUGGUGGACCGCUACGUGCCCAACGCGUCCGAGGCCAUGGCCACGCUCGCGGACGCGGUCAAGCUGCUCAACCUGCCACUCGAGGCCGAGGAGGGCUUCAUGUCGCUCAAGCAGGCCAAUGACCGCGUGUUCACAGACAAUUCCGAGGCGAGAAAGGUGCUGGAGGAGCUCGGCAUCGAGACGCUCGAGCCCGGGAACGCGAGGAUGAUCCUGCAGAGGCGCGUUGAGAACAGUGAUUAG